AUGGAGCGAGGAGGGGACAGUCCCAUCACGCAGGACAGUCCAGAGCGGAGGGGGAGCAGCCCGGACCUCAGCGGCCUCCCACCGCCGGGGAAGAAGGGACGACUGGAGCUCAACGGCAGCCCCACCGGGCCGCGCAUACGCCACAACGGAGCGCCGCUGAGACCGCUGGGAGGUCUGAUGAUUCCCGUCUUCUGCGUGGUGGAGCAGAUGGACGGCGGCGUUCAGACGGACGGCUGCGAGGGACGGGAGGAGCACGCCGAGUUUGUCCUCGUCAGGAAGGACAUCCUCUUCUCUCAGCUGGUGGAGACGGCGCUGCUCGCACUCGGAUACUCGCACAGUUCAGCCGCACAAGCCCACGGCAUCAUCAAAGUCGGACGAUGGAACCCUCUUCCCAUCCACUUCCUGACGGACGCUCCCGAGGCUACGGUUGCCGACAUGUUGAUGGAGGUUUAUCACAUGGUCACGCUACGUAUUCAACUGCAGAGCUUCUCAAAGCUGGAGGAUCUGCCGUGUGAGCAGUGGAACCACGCGACGGUGAGGAACGCGCUCAAAGAACUGCUGAAGGAGAUGAACCAGAGCACGCUGGCCAAAGAGUGUCCCCUCUCACAGAGUAUGAUCUCGUCCAUCGUGAACAGUUCUUACUACGCCAACGUGUCCACGGCCAAGUGUCAGGAGUUUGGACGCUGGUACAAGAAAUAUAAGAAGAUCAAAGUAGAUUAUCUGGAGAAGAUGUGGUCUGGACGAGACGCUGCCGACAUCAAAAUCGAGAGAGACAACAUGGCCGACUUCUGCGUGCUGGGGCAGAGACCGCCUCCUCACCUGGCCGGCCUGGCUCAGCUCAGUCACCUGGGAGCAGGAGGUCCUCUCCUCAAAGGCGGUUCAGGAGAUCCUCAGAAUCCCUCGCAGCCUCUGCAGCAGCAGCAGCCUCCUCCUCCCCAGCAGCAGCAGCAGCAGCAGCCGUCGCCUCACGGCCUCCACCACAGUCCGCCUCUGCGUACGGGCCAGGGGCCUCCUCCUCCACCUCCGCCCGGCGCCCUGCAGCCCCUGCUGGGUCCAGGUGGGCUGCUCUCCCCUCAGCUCUCCCCGCAGCUGGUGCGUCAACAGCUCGCCAUGGCGCAUCUCAUCAACCAGCAGCUCGCCGUGAGCCGCCUGCUGGCCCACCAGCACCCGCAGGCCCUCAACCAGCAGUUCCUCAACCACCCGCCCAUCCCCCGCGGCUCCUCCAAGGCCGGCGGCGACCAUCCCGGGAGCAACCCGUCGGCCGCCGAAGUCUCCUCUGAAAUCUACCAGCAGGUCAGAGACGAGCUGAAGAGAGCUAGUGUCUCCCAGGCCGUGUUCGCCCGUGUGGCUUUCAACCGCACACAGGGUUUGUUGUCAGAGAUUCUGAGGAAAGAGGAGGAUCCUCGCACGGCCUCGCAGUCGCUGCUGGUCAAUCUGAAGGCCAUGCAGAACUUCCUCAACCUGCCCGAGACAGAGAGAGACCGCAUCUACCAGGAGGAGAGAGAGCGCACCAUGAACCCGUCAGUCGGACUUCCUGCGUCCAACUCCUCCAACCCCGGAGCUGCCAGACUCUCACAGAAAGUGUGGGAGAGGAGCUUGGACGAGCAGAUAACCCCUGAUACCUGGGCCUCCAUCUGGAAGAACAAGACUAAGAUCUCCAACUCGCCCAAGCCACCUGGCCCCGCCCCCGACCUCCCUCUGAAGCUGGAGUCGCUGGUCAACAUCACGUCAGGCAUCUACGACGAAAUUCAGCAGGAGAUGAAGAGAGCGAAGGUUUCCCAGGCUCUGUUUGCAAAGGUGGCCGCCAACAAGAGUCAGGGUUGGCUCUGCGAGCUGCUGCGGUGGAAGGAGAACCCGAGCCCGGAGAACCGCACGCUGUGGGAGAACCUGUGCACCAUCCGCCGCUUCCUCACGCUGCCGCAGGGCGACAGAGACCUGGCGUACGAGGAGGAGUCCAGACACCAUCACACCGAGAGACUGCACACUGUCCUCCACCUGCCGCAGGACACACAGAUCUUCUGUCUCUCUCGUCAGGCACUUCACAGGCCACCGCCACCACCGAUGAAGGAGCACCGCCUGUCUCCGAUGCGUGAAGAACCACUGUCUGCCCCGGGGAACGAGGAGGGCUCACAGAACGUGGGGACAGCAUCUUCAGGCGGAUGUCCACAGAGCAGUGUUGGCAGUGCCGGGAGCAACAAGAAGCCACGGUCGCGCACUAAGAUUUCCCUGGAGGCCCUUGGAAUCCUGCAGAGCUUCAUCCAGGACGUCGGCCUGUAUCCAGACCAGGAGGCCAUCCACACCUUGUCGGCACAGCUGGACCUGCCCAAACACACCAUCAUCAAGUUCUUCCAGAACCAGCGCUACCACGUAAAGCACCACGGCCGCCUCAAGGAGCUGGGCGAGGGCGCUGCCGCCAGCGGAGGUGUGGACGUCAGCGAGUACAGGGAAGAGGAGUUGCUCUCAGGCUCGGAGGACCCAGAGUCCAGCGAGGACGGAGCUGAGGAGAUCUACCAGUCCACAGAGGGCAGUGGCGGGAGCACAGCGGGGCUGAACCAGCCUCCGGCCUCCUCUGGCUCCAGCCAGUCGUCUUUAGGAAACAACGUGGCUCAAGAGGAAGGCAAGGACAAGGGGCACGGACGGCCUGGUGGCAACAUGGCCCCAGGGAGCUCCUCAUCCAGUCCCAGAGAGCAGACCGACUACCAGAGGUAGAGACUGACUCACAGAAAGGAGAGGUUCAUGGAAAAAAGAGAGGGAGAAGAAACAAAAAAAAGAACUGGAGACAAAUGCGACUGCACAGAAACUGUAAGAGACAGAAAUGUCUUUGUAGGUAUAAAGAAACCAUUAGACUGAAAUAUUGACAAUCCCGGACAGACAUCUGUGAAAACCUGAUUGGUGGAGUGAAAUUACCUCAGACAGCAGGUUUGCAGGGUGCUGUGCCACGGCUGUGGUGGUUGUGUAACUGUGAAACAGUUUUUUCCAGAGAAUUAUUUACUCCAGACGUUUAUUAGCAGGUGAAACUUCUGCUGCUCAGGCCUCCAAACUUCAAAAACAGGCACAAACACUAAAAAGGGACUCUGCAGAAACUUUACACUCAUCAGUGAGU